AUGGGAGCUAAGCAAACCUCUAGGAAAUAAAAAGCUGAACUUAAAAACUUUAUUGACUUCACUCUUUCAGAGUUCGAGAGAUAUAAUAUCAAAGUAAAAAAGACUAAACACUUCAAGAAAACCAUGAGUUAGAAACUGUAGAAAUUCAAAUAUAACAAUGAAAAUUUCCACAAAUUACUAAAUGAAUAAUACAAUAUCAAUAAAGAUUAAUCUGACACUUUUAGCUGUCUUUUGAGAUCUAAUCCAAUAGAAUACUCUAUGAAACAACCUAUAAUUAAUGAGAAUGCUAAUAUUCUAAAUUCAAUUGGACAUAUUUUCGAGGAGAGCUUGCAUUCUUGCUUAUUAAAUCAAAAAAUUGAAGAGUGUUUCUUAUACAUUUUAUCUGAUAAAUAUAGAGCACUAUGCUAGCCACAGGAAUUGUAUGAAUUCUAAUUAAAAUACCUAGAAGAACCUUGGAGAAAACAAGAAUAAGCCUUGAUAUAUUAUGAAUUUUUUGUGAAGAAAAUAUUUCCUAGGAUAAAAUAACUAGGAGACAAAUAUGAUUUCUAUGUAAAUAUAAUCUUGAAUGAAGUUAUUAAUCAUGACACUGAUCCAUUAAUUCAAAAAUUGGAAUUGAUUGAAUCUGAGCAGAUUUAAUAGAGAGCACUUGCUGCUAAAGUUUCAAUAAUUGAAUUAUUUUAUUAAAAAUGGGAUGUAAUUCAUUACUUGCAGAAACCUACUCAAACUUAAAAGCUAGAUCUGAUACAACAAGCCUUACAUUUACAUGAUUACGACUUAUUCUUCUCAGUCUUAAUGAAAUAUUGA